UUUUUUUUAGUACAACAUAAAAUGUUACCUUGUGUAAAACAACUACUAAUAAUAUUUGUUUUUACAUCAAUAGUUGACGGGAAAAAAAAAUACGAGAAAAACAAAAAAAACAAUAGCGAUCAAAAUGGGAUUUGUCAAACACUUGCAGAAUACUAUAAUCAAAAGAUGUUUAAAAAAUCAGUAACUUCUGAAUUUUUUAAUUCAGUAGGAAAAGAUGCAAGAGCUCGCAUAUUUAAAGUGAAAAAGAAGAAAUCUAAACGUAAAAAACAGUCUAAAUCCAGUAGAACCGAGACUUGUUUUGACUCUUUGGAUUACAAACAAUUUAAUGAAUUUUACAUUAACAAAGAAAAGGAGGUAGCUAGUUUAAAUUGUGAUUUAAUUAAACCUAGAUUACCAUUUGUACCACUCAAUGUUAAAUGCGAAUCAAUUGGAAAAUAUUAUAUUCAAUUUGGUGUUAAAGUGUUCUAUAAUUUUUUUAAAUAUUUAUUUAGUGUAAAAAAAAAAAAAGAUAGAGAUAUGUUUUCAAAAGUAUUGCUUUCAGGACUUAAAAAAUUAGUUACUCAAUAUAAUAAAUUAAAGGAUAAAAAAAAAAAGCAAUACACAUCAGGAAUGAUAUUAGUUAUUAAUCAGUAUUAUAAAAAAAAAUGCAAUAAGAUAAUGUCACAUUAUAAUGCAUUUUAUACAUUUUAUACAACAAAAUAUACAGAUGAGAAAAAAGCGAAAGGUCAUGUUGAUACUGCAGAAUGUGAUUAUUUUAUUCGCAUACCUAGAGUUAAAUAGACAAAGAAUAGUCAAUAGAGUCCAUAAAUUAUGGACCAUCAUGAAUUCAUGUUCUAGUGAAUUAACUUUUAGCUAAAUAAUGAUAUAAGUGAGCACCUAUUUUUAAAUUUCUUCGCAAGUAGGUAUUAACAAUUAACCUAACUUAACCUACCUAUUAAAUAUGUUACAUGUUAAUAACAUUAACAUAAGUACUUAUAUUGUAAACCGAAAAAGUAAAAUAAAGAAAAGUAAUUAAAGAAUAUACCAUAGGUAUCAUAGGUAUCUUAUAAUACCUAUAUUAUUAUUAUUAUUUUUUUUAUAUUUAUAUUAUAUAUCUAAAUUUGGUAAAAUUAUUAUUUAUUUGUUUAAUACAAGACAAUAUAA